ACUGGGGGGAUAAGAUUUGAGUUGAAAAAUCUGAAAGAGAACAAAAUGGCCCAGGAAUUUAGUGAAAGGAAUAUCGAUUUGAACUGUGAAUUUGUAGUUCCUAAAUCCGUUUCAAUUGCUCUUGCUGAAAUUUCUGCCAUGGAUGAUCCUUCCCAGAAACUUUUGAAGCUUUACUCCCUUCUUCAAGCCUUAGAAGAAGAGGCAAAGAAAAUCUACGUCAUCAGACGUGAAGUCCCUUAUGCUACGAGUCUUCUCACUGAUGAAAUCGAGAUGGUGAGGGGGGAAUGUAUGAAGCUGAAGGGAAAAGAAAAGUUGCCGGCGCCGGCGGUUAUGGAGGAGUUUCUACCGUUGAAGGGUAACUCUGACGGAGGGACAAAACGGUCAAACGAGAUGAAGAGCUGGAUGAGCUCUGCCGCACUCUGGAACCACCCAGUUACGUCUGAGAAUUCUAAUUCCAGAAAAUCAAGCAACCAACUUUUCCCUACAAAACCUGGUGGUGUCCAUGGGAGCAUCCAAUCAUUUGUACCUCACACGACCAUGACGGCGGAGGAGGAGGCGGCACUGAAAAGAGAUGGUUUACCAGUUCCCAGUUUGUUGUUGUCUUCGCCAUCGGUGCCGCCGUCUGCCGCGGUUUACAAAACCUCAUAUCAUCCUCAUUCCUCAAAGACGAUGAAUAAGCAAGAACAGAGGAAACAGAGGCGGUGUUGGUCACCGGAGCUUCAUCAGCGAUUCGUCGACGCCCUUGAUAAGCUCGGUGGAGCACAAGCAGCGACACCGAAGCAGAUUAGAGAAAUUAUGAAUGUUGAUGGUCUCACCAAUGAUGAAGUCAAAAGCCAUUUGCAGAAAUAUAGGCUUCAUGUGAGGAGGCUAACUGCUUCUCCGCCUUCGUCAACCUCAACAUGGCCGCAGCCAUAUGGUGUGGUGAUGAAACCUGCAGGAACUGGUGGGCACUCUGGCUCGCCGGAGAGCCCACUUCACCUGGGGAUUCCGGCGACCAGGCAGGUUUCAGUGACGGUGACAGGUUUCAACGCUGUGGAGGAAUCAGAGGAAGAGGAAUCAGUGAGAGGGUUUUGAUGGAUAUAUGGACAGUAUGUAACUGCUGACAAGAUCUAAGUGAAUUUUGCAUAUUAUAAUAUAAGCUAAGGUGGCCGCAAAAACUGAGGUGCUGCUGCUGACGAGUUCUUUUGUUCUAUAGAGAAGGGGGGAUCGGAAUAUAAUAUUAAUCUUGAUGGGUUUUCAACUUUUGACAAUUUGGAUCAAUUUUCAUAUAGUUUGACAUUAUUGACUUGUUUGUUUUAAUCAUGUUUUCAGUCUUCUUCAUUUAGGAUUUAGUGGGAAGAAGAGGGAUUUUAAUUAUCUAAAUUAUAACUUUGUGAACUUUAUUUUA